AUGGAAGAAUUUCUCUUACACGAAGAUCUCGACAACGUCAGAAUCGCAAGUGCCUUCUAUAAGAGGGUUUUAUUAAAUGAAUGGACCGCUAAUAAAAAGCAAGAAGUUGAUCUGUUUAUAGAUACCUUAAAAAAG